CAACCCUCGAGAGGCGUGCUGUUAUGUCUUUACAAGCAAACGGCUGUCCUCUCGAAUUCUUUGGUGUUCACUUGGCAACGUUACCUCAAAUAGCCCGUCGUAGCUCUUUUGACGAACCAAUAAGAAUGUCUUCUCUUUUUCACCUUCCAACUUGGAUUGAAACAAGAAAAGAAACAAGGAAUCUUUUAUUUGCGAUAGAAAAAACCUU